AUGACGCAGCCUCUUUCAGAGAUCCAAGGGGCUGCAGCCGCAGCUCCUGCCGCGAGCUCGGCGGCUUCCUCGUCGCCCGCCCCCGCAGAAUCUUCCUCGAAUCCUGCAGGAAUUCGCGUCCAAGCAGGCACUGGGGGGCUCUCUCUUCAGCAGCAACAGCGCCUGGCUGCUCACAGCCACAUCAAAAGUUUGGGGCUGCAUGCCGACGGGACAGCCAUGAAAACCGGCGGCGGCAUGGUCGGCCAAGAGAAGGCCCGCGAAGCUGCUGGACUCGUCGUUGACCUUAUCAAAGCAAAGAAACUUGCAGGGCAAGCUUUGCUCUUCGCCGGCCCCGUUGGCAGCGGGAAAACCGCCCUGGCUAUGGCGAUUGCUGCCAGUCUAGGUCCCGAAGUGCCCUUCGUGCCUCUCCCCUCUUCCUCGGUCUACAGCAGCGAGGUGAAAAAAACGGAGGUUCUCCUCGAGGCUUGCCGAAAGGCCAUCGCCCUCAGAAUCCACGAGGUGAAGGAGGUGUACGAGGGAGAAGUCCUCGAAAUCGCGGCAGAAGAGACUGAAAAUCCCCAUGGAGGAUUCGCUAAGUGCUUGAGCGCGGUGAUCAUGACCUUGAAGACCGUGCGGGGGACAAAGACCCUCCGUCUGGCGCCCCAGAUUCACGACGCUAUUCAGAAGGAGAAAGUCAAGCUGGGAGACGUCAUUUACAUCGAGGCAAAUACAGGCGCAGUGAAACGCGUGGGACGGAGCGACGCCUACUCGACUGAAUUUGAUCUCGAAGUGGAAGAGUACGUGCCGGUUCCUAAGGGCGAGGUCCACAAGAGGAAAGAAGUCGUCCAGGUCGUCACGCUGCACGAUCUCGACAUCGCCAACGCCAAGCCUCAGGGUGGGACCGACAUCAUCUCCGUUAUGGGGCAGUUCCUGAAGCCGCGAAAGACAGAAAUCACCGAGAAGCUCCGGAGCGAGAUCAACAAAACAGUAAACAAGUAUAUCGACCAAGGAAUCGCAGAGCUCCUUCCAGGAGUCCUCUUCCUGGAUGAGGUCCACAUGCUGGAUAUUGAGUGUUUCACGUUCCUGAACCGCAUCCUCGAGUCUCCCCUGAGCCCGAUCAUCAUCUUCGCCACCAACAGAGGAGUGUGCACUGUGCGUGGCACGGAGGCGAUCGAGCCCCACGGCAUGCCAGUCGAUCUCUUAGACCGCCUGCUGAUUGUGAAAACCGUCCCCUACACGAUUGCGGAGGUGAUCCAAGUGCUGAAGAUUCGCUCGCAGGUGGAAAACAUUCGCCUGUCGAAUGAAGCUCUGGAGCUCCUCGGCGAAGUGGGCAGCCACACGUCUCUGCGUUACGCACUGCAGCUCCUCGAGCCCGCGCGAAUUCUCGCAGAGGUCGAGGGCUACGAAGUUGUCGAAAGAAAACACAUCGAAGACGUAGAUGCGCUCUUCUUGGAUUGCAAAUCGUCUGCCCAGAGAUGCGCAGAAAUGCGGGACGUCCUUGUUAGCUGA